UCCUAAUUUGGCAGGGAGCCUAGGAGCCAAGCAAUUGCCGGGCAUAAAACGAAAGUCAUGGACAUGGACGCACGAACUUUCCUCUCCUCGACCCCCCUCCUCUUCUCCUUCCCCGUGCGCCCUCCUCCUCCUCUGCUCCCUUACCGCGCGUCGCCGGCGUCGAUCCCCCUCCGCACCGCGCGCGGCAAGGGAGACAGGGAGAGCGCGUGACUCAUGGACGGGAACGCCCUCGAGGAGCUGAUACGGCGGCUCCUGGACGGGAAGAAGAACAAGGGGCCGGGGAAGAAGGUGCAGAUCAGCGAGGCGGAGAUCCGGCACCUCUGCGUCACCGCCAAGGAGAUCUUCCUCUCCCAGCCCAACCUCCUCGAGCUCGAGGCCCCCAUCAACGUCUGCGGCGACAUCCACGGGCAAUUCUCGGACCUGCUGCGGCUGUUCGACUACGGCGGGCUGCCGCCGAGCGCCAACUACCUGUUCCUGGGCGACUACGUGGACCGGGGCAAGCAGAGCAUCGAGACCAUCUGCCUGCUGCUGGCCUACAAGAUCAAGUUCCCGGACAACUUCUUCCUGCUGAGAGGGAACCACGAGUGCGCCUCCAUCAACCGAAUCUACGGCUUCUACGACGAGUGCAAGCGCCGCUUCAGCGUGCGCCUCUGGAAGCUCUUCACCGACUGCUUCAACUGCCUCCCCGUCGCCGCCGUCAUCGACGACAAGAUCCUCUGCAUGCACGGCGGCCUCUCCCCGGACCUCGACAGCCUCGACCGGAUCAGGGAGAUCCAGCGGCCCGUCGACGUCCCCGACCAGGGCCUCCUCUGCGACCUCCUCUGGUCCGACCCCGACCGCGAGAGCUCCGGAUGGGGCGAGAACGACCGCGGCGUCUCCUUCACCUUCGGCGCCGACAAGGUCGCCGAGUUCUUGAACAAGCACGACCUCGACCUCAUCUGCCGCGCUCACCAGUUGUUGGCAAUGGCAAUGGCAAUGGAACAGGUUGUGGAGGACGGGUACGAGUUCUUCGCGGACCGGCAGCUGGUGACAAUAUUCUCCGCGCCCAACUACUGCGGGGAGUUCAACAACGCCGGCGCGCUCAUGAACGUCGACGCCAGCCUGCUCUGCUCCUUCCAGAUCCUCAAACCGUUGAGAGGCAGAUCGCAGACGGAGGGAUGAAAGGAGGGCCGCCGAUCCAGGCAGAGAUUUUGAUUGUUAGAGGCUUUGCUUAGAAUCAUGGAGAUCUCGUAGAUUUGCCUGCACAGGCUUCUCCGAUCCGCCCAGUUUUUGUUGUUUGGGGGAACUGUUGAUCACUUCGUACAUCCUGUUCUUCUGAAUCCUUUGCUUGUAACUGAUUCUAUACGUGUAUAUAGAAGCAUAUAGUUUCUUAAUUGCUCUGCGUGUAAAUUCAGGAUUCAAGCCAGAUGCAAGUUGCCAUCUGAAACUGCAGGUAAACCAGAAUCUUUUA